AUUACGAAUAUUGUUCCGUCUACAGCCUGGUCUGCGCCUGCCCCAAACGAAUAACAGAAGAACAAAACAAACAAAGAAGAAGAAGAAGAAAAGGAGAUCGCAGCGACUCUCUGAAGCAAGAAAUGGGUGCCAUAGGGAAGCUACUAGACAUCGUUCUCUUCCCCUUCUUCUUGACAAUCGCGUUGGCCGCGCCUUUAAUGGACUCUCAAUUGAUUCUUCCUCACGGUCUCUACCCGGACUAUCUGAUCAAUCUCAAGCAAUGGUACACUCGCGAGUUCAGCGACUAUCUCUUCGUCGAGGAACCCAAUUUUUUUGUCGGGCUUAUCUGGCUUGAGCUGUUCUUCCAGUGGCCUCUCAGUCUGAUCAAUUUAUACGCAAUUUUGGGUGCCAAGUCCUGGUUGCCCACCACCUGUUUGAUAUAUGGCGCUUCAUUUUUUACUACAAUGGUUGCUAUAUCGACAGAGCUGAUACUGUCAGGUAAGGCUUCUGAUAAGAUGCUGAAGACGUAUCUGCCGUUACUUGGAUUUAGUGUUUUGGCGAUUUUACGUGGGCUGAUGCCACCGUCUGGUAAGGCUACGUCUGAGUCUGAGUCUGCAAAAUUGGCUAGAAAGAAGAAGGCUUGAAUUUGCGAGAUGAGAUGGGUACUUCGUUGGACUUUCUUAUUUUAUCGUUAUUGGUUACUCCAUUUUCGACUCCCUUGUGUGAUCUUGAUGAACUGAUUCAAACUUUAUGAGUUUUUUGUUUGCUUAUGAACAAAUUUGUAAGUUUUAAUGUUUGUUUGUUUGAACUAGAAAUGUCUAAGUGUGCACAAAUAAUGUAACUUGUCGCCAAUGUCGAGUCUAUUGAGCCCUUUCGGCUCCUAAA